GGCAAGUCAGGGCUCCCACAGGCUACUCCUCGGGCUGAGCUAAAGGUCUACCGAGCGGGAAACUCGGAGGGUCGUCUUCCAGUGCCUAGUAACCUGCGCAAGCAAAAGUCCUUGACCAAUUUAUGUGUGCUUACGGACGCCGAGAAGAAGAUGCACCUGUACCAGCCCAAGUGGUCGGAUGACAUCGAAAAGCCAGGGGCAGGUCAGAACAAGUCCGGCAAGCUCAAAGAUGCCGGAGUGGGUACAGGCAAGAGUAUCCCACUUUCCAAGAACCUUUCCAAGUCAGAGCAUUCACUGUUUCAGGGAAAGCCAAAACCCUUUAGCCCACCUUCCAAACUGGGCAAACCCAGUCGGAUACCAAAGGGUCCUUACGCUGAGGUCAAACCCAUCAGCAAGGCUCAAGAGCUGGCAGAUGACGGCAAGUCAGAUGAUGAGAUCUUGUCCAGCAAGGCUAAAGCUAAUGGCAAGAAAACUUUAAGUGGUACCUCAGGGGCAGCCACCCCAGGAGGGGGCAGAGGGGGCAAAGAUGCACCAGAACCAGAGGAAGGGGACAAGACCUUCCUAAAGGUGGACCCUGAACUGGUUGUAACGGUACUUGGGGACCUGGAGCAGCUUCUCUUCAGUCAGAUGUUGGAUCCCGAGUCCCAGAGGAAACGCACCGUUCAGAAUGUCCUCGACCUCCGGCAGAACCUGGAAGAUACCAUGUCCAGCUUACGGGGGUCGCAGCUCAGCCACAGCUGUAUUGAGAACAGCAUGUGCUACGACAGCGAUGAGACUAACGCCCGCAGCAUCUCUAGCCUGUCCAACCGUUCCUCUCCUCUCUCCUGGCGCCAAGGCCAGUCCAGCCCUCGGCUGCAGGCUGGUGACGCCCCCUCCUCCGGGGUCACCGCCCACUUGCUGCCCAUCCGAGCAUCAACGCAGAUCAGCCACCUGCAGCGCAUCCAGCUCAUCGAGGGCCUGGACGCCGCGGACGAUGACCUGGCCGACCUCAAGUCUGGUUACCUCAGCGACGGCAACCUGACGGGCAAGAGCCAACCAGAAGAUGAAGACGACGAUGAUGAUGACGUCGAUGAUGAUGACCUAGCCAAUGGGUAA